UGGAGGAGCCCCCCCGGUUCUCAUUUCUUCCCAUUUUCUCUCGCACGCCUCCCCCUCUUCCGUUCCGUGCCGAGCUCUCCCUCCCUCCUCAUCCUCAUCCGCCGCCGCCGCCGCCGCCGUCACCAGGCGGGUCUUCCCCCACCGCCUCUCUUCUCCCGCGCGCCCGCGCCCCCUCCUCCCAGCCGCAGUCGACGGGAGGCGCCGCCACGGCGAGGGCACGGUGAGGGUUCCGAUGGGGAGCUCGGAUAUGGCGUCGCAGCCGCAGGGAGACAGCGUCAAGGUAGCCGUCAACGUCCGGCCGCUCAUCACGCCGGAGCUCCUCCUCGGAUGCGCGGACUGCGUCACGGUCACGCCGGGCGAGCCGCAGGUUCAAAUUGGCCCACACGUGUUCACUUAUGAUCAUGUCUAUGCCAGCACGGGAUCUCCUUCCUCGUUGAUAUUUGAGCAAUGCGUGUAUCCACUAAUCGACUCAUUAUUCUGUGGAUACAACACCACUGUGCUAGCUUAUGGACAGACUGGAUCUGGGAAGACAUAUACGAUGGGCACCAAUUAUUCUGGUGAAGCUAACUGUGGAGGAAUAAUUCCACAAGUCAUGGAGACGAUAUUCAAGAAAGCUGAUGAGCUGAAGGGUGAUACAGAAUUCUUAAUUAGGGUAUCCUUCAUCGAGAUAUUUAAGGAGGAAGUAUUCGAUUUGCUUGAUGAUCCUGGGUCUGUUGCAAAAGCAGCAGCGCCUGCUAGAGUGCCUAUUCAGAUUCGAGAAACUGCAAAUGGAAGCAUUACACUUGCUGGUGUGACGGAGGCUGAAGUCAAGUCAAAAGAAGAAAUGGCCUUGCACUUGGCACGAGGAUCUUCGUCACGCGCAACUGGAAGUACAAACAUGAACAGCCAGUCAAGUCGCUCUCAUGCUAUUUUCACGAUAUCUGUCGAACAAAAGAGGACCUCAAGUUCUGCAUCUGAGAAGUCAACUAGUAAUGACUAUGAUAUUUUAUCAUCAAAAUUUCAUCUAGUUGACUUGGCUGGUUCUGAGAGGGCUAAACGAACAGGAGCUGAUGGAUUACGGCUUAAAGAAGGAAUACACAUAAACAAAGGCCUUCUUGCUCUUGGCAAUGUUAUUAGUGCAUUAGGUGAUGAAAAGAAGCGGAAAGAAGGAGCAUUUGUCCCAUACCGGGACAGCAAAUUAACUCGCCUUCUGCAGGACUCUCUAGGAGGAAACAGUAAAACUGUUAUGAUUGCUUGCAUUAGUCCUGCUGAUUCUAAUGCAGAGGAAACCAUAAAUACACUCAAGUAUGCAAAUCGUGCACGGAAUAUUCAAAAUAAAGCAGUGAUCAACAGAGACCCAGUUACAGCAGAGAUGCAAAAAUUGAGGAGUCAAGUAGAGCAGCUCCAGAGUGAACUUCUGUUUUCCCGCAGUGGGGGUGCAUCACUAGAAGAAUUUCAGUUGCUGCAACAAAAAGUCUCUCUACUUGAGUUAAAAAUUUCAGAACUUUACUGUGAGCUCAAGGAAAGGGAAAUGUCUUGUGAACAGUUAGCACAGCGUGCAGUUGCUGCCCAGCUGGAAAGGGAUCAGGUGAUGUUAAAGCUCGAAUCAGCACGCAACGGAAAAUCGUGGGAUGAUAUUGAAAAUGCUGGUAGUGAACAGGAUGUGGACCUUAUGAAGAGCUAUAUAUUGAAGAUUCAGCAGUUGGAGACUGAAGUAACACGGCAGAAGUUCUCCACUACCUGUAGAAAUGGUUUGCAUGAUCGACUUGCACUGGAUAAGGGCAUGCUUCUAGACGAUGUAGGUUCAGGUUGUGAAGUAGGAACACUCGAAGUGUCAAGUGAAGUUGAUGAAGAAAAGGAAAUAGAACAUUCAUCCAUACAGGAGAAACUCGAUAUGGAGCUGCAAGAUCUUGAUAAAAGACUUCAGCAAAAGGAGGCGGAGAUGAAACAAUUUGCGAAGAGUGAUACCUCUGUUCUCAAGCAACAUUAUGAGACGAAGUUACAUGACAUUGAACAAGAAAAGAAGGCUCUUGAGAAAGAAGUUGAGGAUCUCCGUCAUGCAUUAGCAAUUAUAUCUUCCUCAACUGAUGAGAGCUCACACAAAAUGAAAGAUAACCAUCUCCAGAAGCUGAACAUGCUUGAAACUCAGAUCUCUCAGCUCAAGAAAAAGCACGAUGCUCAUCAACAGUUGCUACGACAGAAACAAAAAAGUGAUGAUGCAGCUAUCCGUUUACAAGGAGAAAUUCAACGCAUCAAAUCUCAGAAGGUUCAACUUCAACAAAAGAUUAAACAAGAAUCCGAGCAAUUUAGAUCUUGGAAGGCGGCUCGUGAAAAGGAAAUGCUUCAGCUCAAGAAGGAAGGGAGACGGAAUGAAUAUGAGAUGCAUAAACUCCUGGCUUUAAAUCAGAAGCAGAAAAUGGUUUUACAGCGGAAAACCGAAGAAGCUACGAUGGCCACGAAAAGGCUGAAAGAUUUGCUCGAAGCAAAGAAGUCGUCCCGUGAUACACAUGGUGCAGGCGCAUCAGGGAUUCAGGCCAUGAUGCGUACUGUUGACGAUGAACUUGAAGUAACUGUAAGGGCAUAUGAAUUACGUUCACACUAUGAUCGACAAAUACAAGAGAGAGCAACAAUAUCCAAGGAAAUAGCAAAGCUGAAGGAGUGUCCUGAGGCUAUGUCUCCUAGUGCUAGGAGUUCCAGAAUAUCAGCACUGGAGAACAUGCUGUCAUCAUCAUCUAGUGCUAUGGUAUCCAUGGCUUCUCAACUGUCUGAAGCGGAGGAGCGGGAGCGGGUGCUCAGUGGUAGAGGCAGAUGGAACCAUGUAAGGUCCCUGCCUGACGCAAAGAACAUAAUGAAUUACCUUUAUCAGUUAGCAUCAUCUUCAAGAUGCCAACUACAUGAUAAGGACGUGAUGUGUAUGGAUAAGGAUCUCGUCAUUGGUGAACUGAAAGAAAAGGUGGUUUCGCUUAAUGGCAGAACUAGACAGUUGGAAGCACAAGUUAAUGAUCUACAUAACCAAAAUAUGCAGCUUUUCACUGCAAUGAACGAUGCGAAGAAAUCUGGUAGGGCCUCAAGGUGUGAUGCUACUAUUGAUCCAGAAGAUGGUCAAAUUUAUGCUUUGCGGAAGAGUGCUCGAGGUAAGAAUUCCUACUGGUCGGAUGACAUGGAAAUAUCAGAUGCCGAGGAGUCGGGAGAAUUAGAAGAUAUGAGUGAUGAUGGAUCUGAUACAGAUUGGGUAGAGUCAUCCAGGAAAGUCAAUAAUACACGGCGGCGAACAUCCAACCCAAGUAGCAAUAAUUCACUUGCAGAUGUUAAGUCUCAGAAGCCCAGCGAGGAAAUUCCCACUGCCCAGAAAGAGCAAGCUCCUUCACAGUGCUGCUCGUGUUCAUCAAAAUCAUUGUGCAAGCUCACCAGAUAUUGUGAGUGCAGAGCUCUAGGUUCACAAUGUGGUACUGGCUGCGGGUGUAAUGCUUCGAAAUGUUCCAAUAGGGUGCGCGUCAUCAAGGAAGAAAUAGACGAUGAACCACCAUCUGAGAAGGAAGGUAGCGAGUUUGGUAAUGUUUCUUCUUCAGAGAAUGAUGCCAAGAUGAAGGAAGAUGUGAAGCAAGGAAUCAUGCUUCUUGAGAAUGCUGUGGCUGAGAAGGAAGCUCAGCAGCCAAAAUCAAGAAAACCAUUGGCGGACAUUGGAAAUACAGAUGUGAAACAAGGUGGGGCAAAACCGAAGCAGAGGAAGAACUGGCGCAAGACGGCAACAAUCCAGCUCGUCCCCACCGAGCCUCCUCCACCGACCUCUGCACCAGAUAACCCUGAAGCCGCUCCGCAGAACAGGGCCGACAUUCCCCUGAGGCUGCCGAGGGCAAUGUCUGCCGCCGUGGACAGCAACCCUCUCACGGACCGCAACGCCGCCAAGGCAGGCGAGUCCGUGAGCAGCAACAAGGAGAACGGCAGCCUUGCCAUGGCGAGGGCACCGGCUCUGCCCCCUGCUCGGUUGCGAAAGAACGCUGCCAUGGAGAAGGAGAACCACCUGGGAUGAUCGAUCGUCAGCCUGCUAGUGUGACGAGCGUGUUGGGGAGAGAUUGCAGAAGAGGACGAGGUUAAACUGUCAUAACCGACGAGCGCCGAGAUCCCCCCGUGGAGAUGAUCGGUUGGGUCCUUUUGCCGAGCCAAGAAUUGUGUUUUCUGUGGCAUCCGAGCGAGAGCGGAGUAGCACUUCUGUUUUCUGUAGCCGGUUCUCCCGGGGAAUGUCUGUUAAGUUAAAACUGGGAGGUUCAGAUGUAUGUUUGUUGUGAAGCCAGUUUUGCUGGCUGGCUCGUGUACUGCGGUGGGAGGUUACCUGACAGAUAACAGUUUCUCUGCUGUUGCCUAAAUAAUUGUAGAGUAGUUGGGAAGAACUAGUUUAGUUCUUUCCAGAUAUAAUUAUUUAGGUAUAUAUAUGCCUGUGUGCGCGUUGGUCGCGGUACACUUGAUUGUUA